AAAGGGAAGCUUACAGUUGGCAAGAUCUAUGCUGGCCUGCUGAUUUUGGAAAGCUGGAGAACAACAAGGUUUGGACAGAUCGAAUCAGCUGGUGUCCCGAGGGCAUCAUUUUUUAACUGCCUGAUGGACAUGGCUGGCCAAUGGACGGGCACAUCUCGAACUGGCAGUCUGGAGCCUGAAUUAGCUGAAGAAACAGGCCUCCUCUCCAGAAGAAACACUCAUCGCAAGAGCAUCAGGUGUUGGAACUUCAGGAUGUGGCUGUUGCCUCACGACAUGCAUCACUCGAUUCCCUCCCAGAUCAACAUUUGCAUCCAUCAAGUUAUGCACCACACAGGACAACUGCAACUUCACGAUCACCAAGUCCCAGGAGAGGGCCCUCACCAACUCCAGCAAGGGGCAGUUCAUCUCCACACAGACAUCUUCAUCAUCCACAUCACAUGCAUCACCAUGAUAUUGGCUUCAGUGAUACAGUGGUAGAAGUUGUGAAACAUGGAUAUGGUUGGAGAGGAGGAGAUAUACAAGGUCCGUGGUCCGCAUCAACGAGUCCAGCCCGUUCACCGAGUCCCACGAGAGGUCAUUUUUACACUUCGAGGAAUUCUCGGCCAUAUGGUACGACGAGUCUGGAGAAGAGAUCACGUUCCCCUUCCCCCCUGGGUGCCAGUGCAACAUCGGGACAGAGAGCCAGUGUGAGUGCGAGUGUAAGACCGGGUCUCAAUGCAGCUACGCAGUCAGGUCAUGUUCCACAUCACCACCAUCCUCACCAACACAGUUACCCCGUUCUCGUCGCACGACGCGGACAGGGUCGCCGACUGCCUCCGACACCCAACAAACCCUCCACGUUACAGCUGAGGCCGGCCUCGAUAAACUUCCCCAAACUGAACGCUUCUCCUACACACUGCCCACCGACUGGUCAGCCCCACACAGCCUCGGCACCCGUCCCAGGGGCACCGGUGCCCGUGCCCGGUCCGGGUGUCACGGCAGCGGGGAUGUCCCAGACGGCCUGCCCACUGAGCUUCGAGCAAGCAGUGGCGAUCGGUCGAGGAGGACGUAUGUUGCCUUCACCGGUGCCCAACGGCUACAAGCCCGGCCAACAGCAGCGAGGCAGGCACAGCGAUUCGGACGAUGAUGACUGGUGCUAG